UCCGUGCUUCGCGCCGGUACCGGGCGGCGCUGGGCUAUUGGAGACGGAGGCAGAGGUCCUGCGCCGGCUCCCUGGGGAGCUGAGGCUCCGCCCGGGCUGCAGGCCUUGGGCUGGCCCGGCGCUCGCGCGGGCGGAGCGGUCGCCGUGGCCAUGGCGACGCCGGCUGCGCUGGAGCGCUGGGUGCUGGAGGAGCUGCACACCGUGCUGGGACUCAGCAAGCGGCACGUGGCCCAGUUUCUCAUCGGAACCGCGCAGCGCUGCGCCUCAGCCGAGGAGUUCGUGCAGCGCCUGCGCGACACCGACACGCUGGACCUGGACGGGCCGGCGCGGGACUUCGCGCUGCGUCUGUGGAGCAAGGUUCCUCGGAAGGCAGCUGUAGAAAAGCCAGCCCGGGCAGCAGAGCGAGAGGCCCGGGCCCUGCUGGAGAAGAACCGGUCGUACCGGCUGCUGGAAGACAGUGAGGACAGCAGCGGGGAGAUCGCUGGGAGGGCUGGGAGCAGCCCACAGAAGAAGCGCAGGAAGCGAAAGCAUCUCCGGAAGAAACGCCAGGAGGAGGAGGAGGAAGAGGAGGUGGCUUCCGAGGGCGGGAGCAAGGCAGCAGGGAGCAGGCAGCAGACCGAGAAGGCGCCCGAGUCAGAGGAUGAGUGGGAGCGGACAGAGCGGGAGCGGCUGCAGGACCUGGAGGAGCGGGACGCCUUCGCUGAGCGGGUCCGGCAGCGGGACAAGGAGCGCACGCGAAAUGUCCUGGAGCGGUCAGAUAAGAAGGCUUAUGAGGAGGCUCAGAAGCGGCUCAAGAUGGCAGAGGAGGACCAGAAAGCCAUGGUCCCUGAGCUGCGAAAGAAGUCUCGCCGUGAGUACCUGGCAAAGCGGGAGCGUGAGAAGCUGGAGGACCUGGAGGCUGAGCUGGCCGACGAGGAGUACCUCUUUGGUGACGUGGAGUUGAGCCGCCAUGAGCGCCGGGAGCUCAGGUACAAGCGGCGGGUACGGGACCUGGCCCGGGAGUACCGGGCAGCCGGGGAACAGGAGAAGCUGGAGGCCACCAACCGCUACCACAUGCCCAAGGAGACACGUGGCCAGCCAUCGCGUGCCGUGGACCUGGUGGAGGAGGAGUCCGGUGCCCCCGGGGAGGAGCAGCGGCGCUGGGAGGAGGCCCGCCUGGGCGCAGCGGCUCUGAAGUUUGGGGCCCGAGAUGCUGCCGCGCAGGAGCCACAGUAUCAGCUGGUGCUGGAGGAGGAGGAGGCCAUCGAGUUUGUGUGUGCCACACAGCUGCAGGGCGACGAGGAGCCCGUGGCCCCGGCUGCUGCGGUGCAGGCGCAGCAGAAGGAGUCCAUCCAGGCCGUGCGCCGCAGCCUGCCCGUGUUCCCCUUCCGGGAGGAGCUGCUGGCCGCAGUCGCACACCACCAGGUGCUCAUCAUCGAGGGCGAGACGGGCUCGGGGAAGACCACACAGAUCCCGCAGUACCUCUUCGAGGAGGGCUAUACUGCCAAGGGCAUGAAGAUCGCCUGCACACAGCCACGAAGAGUGGCCGCCAUGAGCGUGGCUGCCCGAGUGGCCCGGGAGAUGGGUGUGAAACUGGGGAACGAGGUCGGCUACAGCAUCCGCUUCGAGGACUGCACGUCAGAGCGCACGGUGCUGCGCUACAUGACAGACGGGAUGCUGCUGCGUGAGUUCCUGUCCGAGCCAGACCUGGCCAGCUACAGCGUAGUGAUGGUGGAUGAGGCCCACGAGCGGACACUGCACACAGACAUCCUCUUUGGGCUGAUAAAGGACGUCGCUCGUUUCCGGCCUGAGCUCAAGGUGCUGGUGGCAUCAGCCACGCUGGACACUGCUCGCUUCUCCACCUUCUUUGACGACGCUCCGGUCUUCCGAAUUCCCGGCCGCCGGUUCCCUGUGGACAUCUUCUACACCAAGGCCCCUGAAGCUGACUACCUGGAGGCCUGCGUGGUGUCGGUGCUGCAGAUCCAUGUGACUCAGCCCCCCGGGGACAUCCUAGUGUUCCUCACUGGGCAGGAGGAGAUCGAGGCUGCCUGUGAGAUGCUCCAGGACCGCUGCCGUCGCCUGGGCUCCAAGAUCCGUGAGCUCCUGGUGCUGCCCAUCUAUGCCAACCUGCCCUCGGACAUGCAGGCCCGCAUCUUCCAGCCCACGCCACCUGGGGCCCGAAAGGUGGUUGUGGCAACAAACAUCGCAGAGACAUCACUCACCAUCGAGGGCAUCAUUUACGUGCUGGACCCGGGGUUCUGCAAGCAGAAGAGCUACAACCCACGCACAGGCAUGGAGUCACUCACGGUCACGCCCUGCAGCAAGGCCUCUGCCAACCAGCGGGCUGGCCGGGCGGGCCGCGUGGCCGCAGGGAAGUGCUUCCGCCUGUACACGGCCUGGGCCUACCAGCACGAGCUGGAGGAGACCACAGUGCCGGAGAUCCAGAGGACCAGCCUGGGCAACGUCGUGCUGCUGCUCAAAAGCUUAGGGAUCCAUGAUCUAAUGCACUUUGACUUCCUGGACCCCCCGCCCUACGAGACCCUGCUGCUGGCUCUGGAGCAGCUGUAUGCCCUGGGAGCCCUCAACCACCUUGGGGAGCUGACCACGUCCGGGCGGAAGAUGGCAGAGUUGCCAGUGGACCCCAUGCUGUCUAAAAUGAUCCUGGCCUCAGAAAAGUACAGCUGUUCGGAGGAGAUCCUGACCGUGGCUGCCAUGCUGUCCGUCAACAACUCCAUCUUCUACCGGCCCAAGGACAAAGUCGUCCACGCUGACAACGCCCGGGUCAACUUCUUCCUGCCUGGCGGAGACCACUUGGUCCUACUGAAUGUAUACACGCAGUGGGCCGAGAGCGGCUACUCCUCACAGUGGUGCUACGAGAACUUCGUGCAGUUCCGCUCCAUGCGCCGGGCCCGGGACGUGCGUGAGCAGCUGGAGGGGCUCCUGGAGCGUGUGGAAGUGGGGCUCAGCUCCUGCCAGGGGGACUAUGUGCGUGUGCGCAAGGCCAUCACUGCUGGCUACUUCUACCACACGGCUCGGCUCACACGCAGUGGCUACCGUACGGUCAAGCAGCAGCAGACAGUGUUCAUCCACCCCAACUCUUCCCUCUUUGAGCAGCAGCCGCGCUGGCUGCUCUACCACGAAUUAGUGCUGACCACAAAGGAGUUCAUGCGCCAGGUGCUGGAGAUUGAGAGCAGCUGGCUUCUGGAAGUGGCUCCCCACUAUUACAAGGCCAAGGAGCUAGAAGACCCCAAUGCUAAGAAAAUGCCCAAAAAAAUAGGCAAGACACGGGAAGAGCUGGGGUAAAGAAUGGAAUGGAAGCCAAUAGCAGCUCCUGUGUUCUUUUGUAAUUACUUUAAUAUCUAUUAAAUAGAAGUAUUUUUGGAA